GCCUUAAAAUUAGGCUUGCACCCUACCAAUUCUGCACUAGCAUUCAAAAACAAAAGCACAAUGCAAGACGGCAAUAAUUUGUCAGAAGCCCAUUUCUGUUUGGGCCAACAAAGCUGUGGUUUUCUAGGUAGCGUUUGUGAUCAAUUGCCAACCCAGGAAAGAUCUCUCCAGCCAUCCACAAACCUUACCGAAAGCACAACACCAGAAACAGCUACAACCUGCAUUCCUUGUAAUACCCAAUGUGGCUUUCAGACAUAAAGAUUGAAUGCACUGAUGCCACACAACAGCGAGCAGAUACCAGCACUUCCCAACCAUGAAUCUGCUGUGCUCUGCUCAGGUUACGUGUGCCCUCUACGGCAGCCUUCCGUCCUGCAAUUCCCCUCUUGUUUUGGCCCCGAGCUUACUGUCAGCUGGGUGGCCAUUAGUGACUCACCAUCUGCAAGCUGCAACUGGUAUCAGACAUCGGGUCUGUGAUGUAUCUACCUUAUUACGGCCCCUAUGAUGCAUCCUUGCGUGCGUUUGCAGCCUCUACUCUGAGUGCGUGC